UCAUCGUCCCCACCGCGGCCCCCCGCCGCGGGGCGGGGCGGGCUUGAGGGGGGGAUGGGAAAGGCGCGCGGCCCCUUUAAAUUUACCCAGGAGCCCUUAAAGGAGCCCCAGGGGCCCCACGGCGGCGUCCCCACCCCGGCCGGCCCCUGCCCGCCGCCGCCGCCGCCGCCCCGGGCCCCGCCAUGGAGCCCCCGCACCCCCACCCCGACCCCGGCCCAGUCCCGCACCCGGACCGCCCAGCCUCCCCGCCAGAGCCGGGACCGCGGGGGGGCCGUCGGAGCUCGGACCACUGCGAAGCUCGAGCGUCGCGACCGGGUCGGAGCCGUAUCCCGGGUCGGGAUCACCGUCGGUAUUACCACGAGCGUUGGCGAGCCGAAUACCUGAUGGAAUUCAACGCGGCGCGACACGGGAUGCUCUGCAUGGUCUGCGGCAGCGCCCUCGCCACCCUCAAGCUCAGCACCAUCAAACGCCACAUCCGGCAGAAACAUCCUUAUUCCGGCGCUUGGGGACCCCGCGAGAAGCAGCUCGUCCUCCGUUCCUGGGACGCCCAUUUGGGGCUCCGCGCUCGCCCUGACGGACCCCCCGGCAGCGGCCACGGGACAGGCCCCCCGGCCCCCGGCCGCCCCCGCCGCCGUCCCCCGUCCCCGCGAGACGCCAAACCGUCCCCCCGGGGGGCGGCGGUGCCGAGGGGACGCCCGGGGGGUGACUCGCUACGGGGGUGGCUUCGCGCCGAGCUGCUGCUGGACCUGGAGGCCGGGGGGAACCGGCUGCGGUGCCUCCUGUGCGCCCGCGCCCUGCCCUCGCUGCACCUCGGCGACAUCCGCCGGCACGCGCUGGCCGCCCACCCCGGCACCCUGCGCCUGGGGCCCGCCGAGCGCGGGGAGCUGCUGCGAGCCUGCCGGGCCGCGGGACGGCGGCGGGACGCCCCGCAGCCCCCCAGCCCAGCCGUGGAGGAGGAUGAGGAUGAAGCAACCACCGAGGCCGAAGCAGCCGCUGCAGCGGACGAGGGGGGGGCGGGGGUUACAAGGGGGGCCGCGCCGGGGGGCUGUGGCAGCCGCAGCCCCCCCAUUUUCUCCAUGCACCCCGGAGCCCCCCCUGCCUGCACGGCCUGAGCCCCUGGGGAAUGGGGAUACUGGGGGGGGGGGAAUGACAGAGACCCACCCCCCAGUGCCCCCCAGAGCUCCCCAGUAUCACCAGUGCCCCCCCGCCCCUCAAAAGCGGCACUUAUGGGUCCCCUUGAUGGUGUCACCGGUCCCCAACAUCCCCCCCCCCCCCCCAUGGUGUCACCCUAUUUAUGCGUGUGUGUCCCUUUUAUUUUUCUAAGCCCCCCCCCCUUUUUUUUGUACGUGACACCCCUCAAUAAACCCAUUCCUGGA